GACCUCAGAAAGUUUUUCCAAAACCUUAGUCUCCCAGUUUCAGUAAACAUCCCUGAUUCAGACAUAAGCAUUUCACAAAUUAAUAUUACUACUGUGUGCAACUCAGUUGGCACUAAUCUUUCUCAUUGUUUCUGUGAACCUGAUUAUGGAUGGUCUUCCAAGAUCUGUAAAGCAUAUCCUGACUGCCAUAAUACUACAACUGCAAUGGGAAAGAGCUGCAACUGUAUUGCGCAGCUUCCUCCUCAAAAGACCUUUUGUCAACUUCAAUCAGAAGAUAUUCCUUCAGUGCUCAUAACAAAUAUGUCUGUCCGACUUGAUAUACCCUUUAAGAAUGCUUUAUGGGAUUCAUCCUCUGCGUUGUUCAAAAAAUACAAACACGAUCUUGAGAAGGCAUGUCAUCUGAAUCGUAUAAUCAGUUUUAUUCCAUGUUAUAAUUACUAGUUGAUUGUCCACAUUAUCACAAUUUUCAGUGACUUGUGUCUGGAUGUCAGCCUCUGUUGUUUUAACAAUUCAGGUAACUCAGUUAAAGUUAUUCUUUGAUCAUCAAAAUUCUCCAUGGAUUGCAUAUGGGGUUGUGUAAAAUUGAUUUGCUCAAUAGUUUUCAUGAUUUCUCCCAGUGUAAGUUCAUAGUUGUGUUGUAGGUGUAAUUCCUCCAUCUCUUUAGGUUGUAUAUGUUGUUGAGUGGAGGCCUCUUUGGGGUUACUCUGUUCCUCCUCUAUUGUUCUUUGGCAUAUAGUUUGAUCCAUUAAAAUUUGAGAAUCCAUUUGUGGUUCUGAGAUAUCAUCUUUAAUUUUUCUCCAAAAUUUCAUAUAUGCCGUAGCUUCUAAGAUUUUUUCCAGUAUAAGUUCAUAAUCAAGCUGUGGGUAGGAUUCCUCCAUUUCAGUGGUGAAAUAGUCUUUUAAUCUUUUAGUGGAGACUGUAUUUAGUAAAAGUCA